AUGGACGGGCUGCCCGGUCGGGCGCUGGGGGCCGCCUGCCUUUUGAUGCUGGCGGUCGGCUGGCUGGGGCCCGGGGUCUGGGGCUCGCCCACGCCCCCGCCGUCGCCCGCCGCGCCGCAACCGCCCCCGCCGCCGCCCGGAGCCCCGGGCGGCUCGCAGGACACCUGCACGUCGUGCGGCGGCUUCCGGCGGCCGGAGGAGCUGGGCCGGGUAGACGGCGACUUCCUGGAGGCGGUGAAGCGGCACAUCUUGAACCGCCUGCAGAUGCGGGGCCGGCCCAACAUCACACACGCCGUGCCCAAGGCCGCCAUGGUCACGGCCCUGCGCAAGCUGCACGCGGGCAAGGUGCGCGAGGACGGCCGGGUGGAGAUCCCGCACCUCGACGGCCACGCCAGCCCGGGCGCCGACGGCCAGGAGCGCGUCUCCGAGAUCAUCAGCUUCGCCGAGACAGAUGGCCUGGCCUCUUCCCGGGUCCGCCUGUACUUCUUCAUCUCCAACGAAGGCAACCAGAACCUGUUUGUAGUGCAGGCCAGCCUGUGGCUCUAUCUGAAGCUGCUGCCCUACGUCCUGGAGAAGGGCGGCCGGCGGAAGGUGCGGGUCAAGGUGUACUUCCAGGAGCAGGGCCCUGGCGACCGCUGGGCCGCGGUGGAGAAGCGCGUGGACCUCAAGCGCAGCGGCUGGCACACCUUCCCACUCACCGAACCCAUCCAGGCCCUGUUCUCGCGGGGCGAGCGGCGUCUCAGCCUGGACGUGCAGUGCGAUGGCUGCCGGGAGCUGGCCGUGGUGCCCGUGUUCGUGGACCCGGGCGAGGAGUCGCACCGGCCCUUCGUGGUGGUGCAGGCGCGGCUGGGCGACAGCAGGCACCGCAUCCGCAAGCGGGGCCUGGAGUGCGACGGGCGGACCAACCUGUGCUGCCGGCAGCAGUUCUUCAUCGACUUCCGCCUCAUCGGCUGGAACGACUGGAUCAUUGCGCCCAGCGGCUACUACGGGAACUACUGCGAGGGCAGCUGCCCCGCCUACCUGGCGGGGGUGCCGGGCUCGGCCUCCUCCUUCCACACGGCCGUGGUGAACCAGUACCGCAUGCGGGGGCUGAACCCGGGCACCGUGAACUCCUGCUGCAUCCCCACCAAGCUGAGCACCAUGUCCAUGCUCUACUUCGACGACGAGUACAACAUCGUCAAGCGGGACGUGCCCAACAUGAUCGUGGAGGAGUGCGGCUGCGCAUGAGGGCGCGGCUCCGUCGGGGCCUGGGGACCAGGGUGUGGCAAGUGGAGCGUGGUGAUGCCCGGGGGGUGCCCGGGGCCGGCCCGAGAUCUUUUCCUACUUCCUCAUCCAGCAAUCUGUCAAAAGCCGAGGGAGAGCCCUCCACAGACACGAAGGACUGAGUGCACACGCAGGCGCGCGCAGCCAGACGCAUCCUGCCACCCACAUGGCAGCCUCCGGGAUCCCGGCAAGUGUCUGCGGUGACAAAUGGCAGCUUAGCCACAAAUGCCUGUCACUCGGAGAGAAUGGGGUGAGCAGCCACCGUCCCCCCCAGGCCCCCUCAGUUGGUCUGGCCACUCUGAAUCGCGCCUUCCGAGCACAGAGAAAAGCACAAAGACAAGAGACAGAGGGAGAGAGAGCGAGCGAACCCGGAGCUUGGAGAGAGCAGCAGAUGGGGGCUGGGGAGCAGGCAGCCUGCAGAGGGCCGCGUGUCCCCCUUUGCUCGUGCGAGGCCCGCGGGGUCCCCACAUCUCUUGGCUCCAACGUGUGGCUUGCUCCCCUGGCCUGGGAUCCUUCCGGCGGCGGGGAGCCGGGCAGCCUGUCCUUUCCCAUCCUUGGAGAGGCAGGCCCCAAUAGGCUGCCACCUGCCAGAGACCGGAGACCGUGGAGCUGUGGGAGUGCCCGUUUGACUGUCCCUUGGGGCCCUGGUGUGACUUCUAUGUGUGUGUGUUUUGGGGGUGGGGAGGGAGGGAGAGGAGAAGGGUCUUAAUUUGAUGCUUUAACUGAUCACUAGCAGUUGAAUGGUCAUUCAUUCCGGUUGUAUAAUUGAAAAGGGACUUUUCUACCAGGUCUGACCUUUUAAGUUAAAAUCUGAAUUGUUCCAAGUGGAACAAAAAAAGUUGCAAUCUGUGCCCUUCCCUGGGGAGACUCCUCUAGGACUGGUUAGGGAGGGGUGGAACUGACUCUUAGCAAGGGGAGGGUGAGCUCUUAGAAGGAGGGAAUGGUGGGGUGAAGGCAUUCUGGAGAUGCUCGGUGGGGUGGGGUUGCCCCUUCUGCAGGGGUUGAGGGAGGGGAGCAGUUGAACGGGUCUGGGGAAGAGGGGGAGGCUUUCAGCUGCUUUGCAAAAGUGGCCCAUGUGGGCUCUGGCCACCAGAGCCAGCCACGGAUGUGGCCCCUACCUGCUCGCCCGCCCCCCCUCCUAGCACUUGCACACCCGCCUGAACGCACAUGAUACAACCCUUGCCCAUCCGCGUGUAUCCAGAAGUGGCCCUUGGCAGAGCAUUGAGCUCACCCCAGAGGUCCAAGUGCCAUGUGAACUAUGCAAUUUAAAGGGUUGACCCACACUAGAUGUAACUGGACUCGUACGACUCUUUUUAUAUUUUUUUAUACUUGAAAUGAAAUCCUUUGCUUCUUUUUUAAGCGAAUGAUUGCUUUUAAUGUUUGCACUGAUUUAGUUGCAUGAUUAGUCAGAAACUGCCAUUUGAAAAAAGAAGUUAUUUUUAUAGCAGCGAAAAAAAAUACAGUUAAAUGUAUUAUACAUAAUUUUGGAACCAAAGAGGCCAACAGAUCAGUUUUAAUUUUUAUUAGAUGGUGAGGCCAUCUUUAUGAGGUGGACGUUCUGAACAAUCCCUUGAGUGGCCUGCCAAUGUUUCAGGGUAUACAUGGAUUUUGUUUAUUCAGUUUGAUGUGUCUUUUCUAUCCUUACACACCCAGAAGCUAGAGUAAAAGCGACAAUGGUAGAAUGCAGGUGUGUAUCCUUAAAUCCCCAUCUUUAUGUUUAUUUAAUAAAGCUCCCCUUAGGUUCUGUUUCAUAAUAAUUUAAAACCAAACAAUUUUUCCCGUAGACUUGCUGUUAAAUGUAUUUUACAUUUGUGUACAGUUGAAGGAAAUAAAAGAUGGAGUGCCACGGGC